AUGAAUCGAAUUGCACAGGCAAUGGCGAACAAGUCCAGAGGACCAGGAUAUUUGCGAAUGCGGCAAGCGGAUGCGACGGAGGAGUUCGAGCUGCAACAUCAGGAGUUCAAAGAGCACAACCAGAUUGGAUGCUUGCCACAGGCUUUGCAAAGUGCCGCGCUGGUAUCAAGCGAGUCCAUGGACCUACAAAAUGACCCCAGGUUUUUUCAGCUCAAUGUGCUGGAUAAGAGGCUGUCAGCAGUUCAGUCACUGGCUGUUGUGUCCUCACUCAUGCUAACUGCCAGUUCACAUGUAAUCAAUAUGAAAAAGGAGCUCAAUUUUCAGAACAUCGAAGGCAUCAUGCGCUGUCUUAGCUUCUUCAUUCUGUGCAUUGUGAUGUUCUUGAACUUGAUGGCAGUGUACGUCGGUGUGGCCCAAACUUACCACACCUACCGAUUAGAGACAGCAGGACCAACAGGCUUUGAGAUUGCUGCAAGCUACUACCUCAAUCCAAAUAUUGUCACCUAUCGCCAUUUGGCCGUCAAAUGUUUGCUCAAUGGGUUAGCAUUGUUCCUCUUCUCGACGGGUCUCAGGGUGGCUGUUAGCUUUGAGAUGGAAACCGGCAAGGAAAUGCCAAAGAUGGAGGAAGGCACCGCCCACAUCCUCGGCUUGUUUGUCUUAGUAGUGUUUAGUGGCGCAGCAGCGAUGCUGACCUUCAUCCACUGGAAGCAUCAGGCAAUCUUCCGGACAAACUAUGAGGCUGCCAAAUUCCAGGAAAAGCCUUUCAUGGCCACGGUCCAGGGCAUCUUUGACUCCACCCGCAGGAACUCCCAUCGGGCACCUGAUGUGUGA